GUGCGAACCUCGGAGUCGCCCAACACAGUUUACGGUCCCAGCUGGUCCAGCGAGGAGGGCGGAGCGGGCGGUGGCACGACGGCCGGGGCGUCCUCCCCUCUGGAGGCUGGCUUCCCGGCGGGUUCGGCCGCCGCGCAGCGGUGCUCAGAGCGUCGCCUCAGCCGAGUUUGCAGCGUUUGGCGUCUUGCCCUCAUGCUGCAGCCAGCGUGGCCGCGGCCACCUCGCUCUCGUCCCUGCCCCGCCUCUCCCGAAGCUGCGUCUUCGGGACUCUUUUGGUUCCUUCUCUCUCUCCUGGCUUCUAACUCUUGCUAGUUCUGCAAGGGAUGGUGCAGCCAGCGGGCUUCCCAGGCCAAACAUUUUUUGUUUGUGUAGUUCCUUGUCAACAGAAAUGUGGAGUAUCUUGGCUGAGUCCUCCCUGCAGACCAGAUCAUUAUGGUCCAGGGUCCUGGUAGACAGGGCGAGUAUCUGAAUGUAAGGUUGAAAAAGUGACACAUUAGUUGAAGGAAACAAAGGGGAAAGCCCAGAAAAGAAAAGGAAAUAUUGGUUGAUCUACUUGACCAGACUGGUUACUGUAAAAGAAGAAUCAGCCUAAGGGAGUGAUUGAAGAUCCUCUGCAGGUGUAUGAGCAGCACUGCUUCUAUAACAAAAGUCUAGACCUACUACAUCUUGAAAGAGAAUGGGCACUUCCUGGGGGACAGCCUUUUUCAUGCUGGUAGCAUCCUGCGUUUGCAGCACUGUCUUCCACAGAGACCAGCAGACUUGGUUUGAGGGUAUCUUCUUGUCUUCCAUGUGCCCCAUCAAUGUCAGUGCCAGCACCUUGUAUGGAAUUAUGUUUGAUGCAGGGAGCACCGGAACUCGAAUUCAUGUUUAUACCUUUGUGCAGAAAAUACCAGGCGAGCUUCCAAUUCUGGAAGGGGAAAUUUUUGAAUCUGUGAAGCCAGGACUUUCUGCUUUUGUAGAUCAACCUAAGCAGGGUGCUGAGACUGUUCAAGAACUCUUAGAGGUGGCCAAAGACUCCAUCCCCCGAAGUCACUGGAAGAGAACCCCAGUGGUCCUGAAGGCAACAGCAGGACUGCGCCUACUGCCAGAAGAAAAAGCCAAGGCUCUGCUCUUUGAGGUAAGAGAGAUCUUCAAGAAGUCACCUUUCCUGGUACCAGAUGACAGUGUCAGCAUCAUGGAUGGAUCGUAUGAAGGCGUAUUAGCUUGGGUUACUGUGAAUUUUCUGACAGGUCAGCUGCAUGGCCACAGCCAGGAGACUGUGGGAACCCUGGACCUGGGGGGGGCCUCCACCCAAAUCACGUUCCUGCCCCAGUUAGAGAAAACCCUGGAACAGACCCCUCGAGGCUACCUCACUUCCUUUGAGAUGUUUAACAGCACUUAUAAGCUCUAUACACAUAGUUACUUGGGAUUUGGAUUGAAAGCUGCAAGACUAGCAACCCUGGGAGCCCUGGAGACAGAAGGAAUUGGUGGACACACUUUCCGAAGUGCCUGUCUACCGAGAUGGUUGGAAGCAGAGUGGAUCUUUGGGGGUGUGAAAUACCAGUAUGGUGGCAACCAAGAAGGGGAGGUGGGCUUUGAGCCCUGUUACGCUGAAGUGCUGAGGGUGGUCCAAGGAAAACUUCAUCAGCCAGAUGAGGUCCAGAGAAGCUCCUUCUAUGCUUUCUCUUACUACUAUGACCGAGCUGUUGACACAGACAUGAUUGAUUAUGAAAAGGGCGGUGUUUUAAAAGUUGACGAUUUUGAAAGAAAAGCAAGGGAAGUAUGUGAUAACUUGGAAAACUUCACCUCAGGCAGUCCUUUCCUGUGCAUGGAUCUCAGUUACAUCACAGCCUUACUGAAGGAUGGCUUUGGCUUUGCAGGCAGUACCAUCUUACAGCUGACAAAGAAAGUGAACAACAUAGAGACAGGCUGGGCCUUGGGGGCCACCUUCCACCUGCUACAGUCUCUGGGCAUCUCCCACUAAGGCCAAGCCCUUCCUCCAAAGCCUGCAUCUGCCAACAACCUUUUUAAAGGGAGACAGAAAGAGGAGAGGACUCAGUCAUGUUGAGAGCUAGUCUGGGUUCAGCCUAGACUGAAGCCCAGCAGCUGGUUUCAUCAGUAAGAAGAGGCUUUUGAAGGCAAGUCUUGCCCUUGAGUCUAGAGAUUUGGGUUUAAAUAAUUUUACACACCUAAUGUGAACUGUCUCCUAACCACUAUUCGUGCACAGCUGGUACCAGAGUCUAAAUCUGUGAGAUUCCUUGUGUGUCACAGCGAGCCCAAAGGAACUCUUUUGGAAUGGAACCUUGGAAAACUCAGGGAUGGAACCCUGGGAACCAAAGAAAAAUCUCAUUUCAACCCUUUUAGUGCCUCAUUCCUUUGGACAUUUUAAUUUUAUUCUUACAUGUUAAACUAAGCUGAUUGCAGUUCCAUGACCCACACAAGCAUUUUUUUCUUCCCUACAUAUUGCUCUGUCCUACAUUUGUCUCCACCCACCUACCCUAACAAAGAAAGAAAAAAUACCUGGUUUUGCUUUCCAUUUGCUAUUCAAAGAGAGAGAGAGAGAAAAACCCAUUAUCUGAAGUUAUGUGAUCCUGCUUUGUUUUAGCUCCAAUCAGCCACCGGAGAGCCAUCCUAAAUCUCAGCAGGACAGAGAGCAGGUCCUAACUGGGCAGGUCCCAGCCUUAAGAAAAGGGGCCGUUUUGUUUCUAGGAACAGGUCUUGGGAGCUUGUGGCUGCUCUGUAUAGACCACCUUCUUUUUUGCCAGUCUACCCUGGGAUUAAUGAACAUAUCCAACCUUAUAGGAGAGAGAGUGUGUGAGUGCACGCACGUGCACAUGUGUGCAUGCUUGUGUACAUGCACACGCAUGUGCACCGGUACCUCCUUCCAGGCUAAUGUGUUUGUCAUCCAAAACUUUUCUUUGUAUUUCUAAGAAAUAAAUCUACAGCCUAGCUUUUGGCCUGUGGUAAGAGGCCUGUGGCUGUGCUGUUUAAGGAUCUA